AUGUCCCCUCUUCCUUCCCGUCGCCCUUGCGUUAUCCCUUCCUCCCCUCGCCUUCAAUGUCCCCCCUUUCCUUCCCGUCGCCCUCACUAUCUCCCUUCCCUCACGUUGCAUUUUCCUUCCCGUCGCCCUCGCGAUAUCCCUUCCCCCUCCCCCCCCUUCGUCGCCUUUCUUCUCUCCCCGCCCAUUACACACCUCGUCGCCUACGCUCUUUCUCUGAAACACCCUCCCCGCGCCCUUUGUCCCCCCCCUGCCAUCACUUUUCUCGUCGCCUUCGCGCUCUCCCUCCCGUCGCCCUUCAUCGCGCUCACGUUCCUCCCUCCCCUCGCAAUCACGCUCACGUGCACCUGUCUUCGCAUCGCCUCCGCGCUCAAGGUCUCCCCUCCCAUCGCGCUCGCUAUCUCCUCCCUUUUUCUCGUCGCGCUCGCUAUCUCCCCCCCUCUCCCCGUCGCGCUCGCUAUCUCCCCCCCUUUUCUCGUCGCGCUCGCUAUCUCCCCCCCUCUCCACGUCGCGCUCGCUAUCUCUCUCGCGAACUCGUAUCGAUCCCCCAUUUCCAGUCGCCCUCCGUUCCCGUCGACCUCCGUUCUGAUCGCCUCCGCGAUCUGA